CCUCCUUUACAUGAGUACUGACUUCUUUACGGAAUACCCAUCUGCACUUUAUCUUCUCUUACUCGCGAUUCGAGCGAACCAAUCAUUUAAACUAAUAUAUUCUGGCUACGGAUUGGAUACUUUCACACGACGCGUAUGUUGGAUAUCUGGACACAGCAUGGCCCGGAGGACAACUAUGAAACCGAGCCUUGGAAAGGCCCAACCGAAAAGAGAUUUGGAUGAUCCCACUGGCGCAACUUCCCUGCCGAAGCGACCGAAAAGAAGUUCAACGACGCUGACCAAGAGCAAAUAUUUCGAGAGCGAGGAUGCAGGGGAAGAAUCGACGGACAGUCUAUCGUCGGAGGCCAAGGACGAGCCCGGGUAUGAAGAUGAUUCUGCACAAUCAGAGUUGUCGGACGAGCCCGAAGACUCGGAUUUUUCGGAAGAAAUCGAAGCCCCCAGCAGAAAUGUUCGCAAAGGCCAGAGUAACAAGCAACCGGCUGCAAUAAAGAAUGCUCGCAGCAAGCAAGACCUGGGGAAGUCAGGGGCGAAGACCGGGUUGGGUCCUGGAACGCAGGUCAUCAUGAAGAAACCAAAGGCCAGAGAUCCUGGGGAUACACCCUAUUCAAACGACAUUAUUCAUCCAAAUACGAUGCUGUUCCUCCGAGACCUGAAGCAGAAUAAUAGUCGGCAAUGGUUGAAAUCGAAUGAUCCCGAUUAUCGAACAUCCUGGAACGAUUGGUUGACUUACUGCGAAAGCCUGACUGAGCGAAUCGCUGAGGUAGACGACACGAUCCCUGAGCUCCCAGUCAAAGAUCUCGUCUUCCGUAUUUAUCGAGAUGUACGGUUCUCGAAAGAUCAGUCUCCUUACAAGACUGCAUUUUCCGCUGCAUGGUCUCGUACCGGGAGAAAGGGUCCAUAUGCGGCAUACUAUGUUGAGGUCAGCCCCGGAAAUAGUUUUGUCGCUGGAGGGUUGUGGAUGCCCGAACCUGGACCACUGGCAGCUCUGCGACGCGACGUUGAUCGAAGACCGAACCGGAUCAAGACGGUGCUUCGCGAUGCUCGAUUCCGAAAAGAGUUCCUUAAAGGCCCUCCGAACGAUGAUAAGAAUAUCAUCAAAGCCUUCGCGGCGGCCAACACCGAGGGCGCACUGAAGACAAAACCUAAGGGCUAUAACAACGACCAUCCAGACCUUGAAUUGCUUCGCUUGCGUUCCUACACCGUCGGGAAGCGGAUACCCGACGGAGACGUCAACUUGGACAGCAUGACGGAGCUGAUUUCGUCCCUAGUACCAUUUAUCACAUACUUGAACAGCGUUGUCAUGCCUGAUGGUGUGGAUGAGGAGGAAGAUUCCGAUGACAUGGAUGACGAGGGUUGAGUCGGCCAGGACAGAAAUAGCUACCACCUCCAACUUUUUGGAUCUGCUCGUCAGCGUUGGGCGUGGCAGAAUAUAGCGUUCAAAUUUCUAUCUAUCAUUGAACAGUUUGCUUCUACCCAUCCCACUUCAGUUACAAGCCACAACCCGACUACAUCAACCUCAAGGCUCAACGGCAGCCAGUCUCAGGAAGCAGGGCAUACCAAGAAUAUUCAUAUUAUUGGGAGAAGUGCUUCCGGUGAAAGAAAGUCGGUCAGCGACGGCGAUCCGGGCAGCAUCGGGUGACCAUGAGUCGGCAGCGCCUAGACAACGGCUUCACUUUCAGCGUUCAGGAUAGCCC